AAAUAAAAUAAAAUUGGGAAAACAUCAAAAAGAUGUUUCCACCUGUUCUCUCACCUUGGCCUCUCUUGUCUCUCACCUUCGUCGCUCGACCAGCCCCUUCACUGGCUUGCGAAACGUUCACCGCUCGUCAACCCACGCACACCAGCUAAUCUUCAUCGAACAGAUCUCGAAUAGUCAGCCGUGCCUUCAAUAAAAACAGAUCUCUGCUGAAGUUCACCGAUCUCUGCUGAAGUUCACCGAUUAGUAUAUUUGUGCGAUGUCAACUACGGAAAAUGAUGGUGGUGAUGAUUCAACUCUAUGGAGUGCUACCAAUGAAAAGAUUUAUAUAGAUGUUAUGGUAGAUUUAAUAAACAAAGGUGGUAUGAAAGAUGGGCAGUUCAGUUCAAAGGAAUGGACUAAUAUGCUUGAAGCUCUGAAUAAUAAGUCUAAAAGAAAUUACAACAUGAAGCAAAUUAAGCAGAAAUUCAAUAGGCUUCGAAGUAAGCAUCGUGAGUUUAGUGAGCUGUUGCAACAAACUGGAUUUGGUUGGGAUGCUGAAACUAAUACUGUGAAUGCUACAGAUGAAAUGUGGCAAAACUAUAUACGGGUGCAUCCUAAAGCAACGCAAUUUCGAAAGAAAGGAUGUGAGCAUUACAAGCUAUUAGGAAUUAUAUUUAACAAGUCAACUGCUACUGGAGUGUUUCGUCAUGCAUCUACUAGUGAUCCACCCAAUACUGAUGAUGAGAUGGAAUUGGAGGCUGAGAGUGCACAUGUUAACAUUAGUCGUGAUGAUCCCUUUUCUACUCUUGAUAAAUUAACAAGCAAUUUGAGGAAACGCACUGCAUCAUCUAGCUCAGAAAGUAGAAGUAAAAAGGAAACUAAGUCACAACAAAUGAGUGAUGCAAUCCAAGCAUGGACUGAGACAGCAAAGGCAAAGACAGAAGUUGCUAAAGCUAAGGCAGAAAAAUAUAAAAGUUCCUAUAGUGUGGAUGAUAAUAGUAUUGGUAAUGCAAAAGAUUGUUCCAUUGCUACAUGUGUGAGCCUUCUUGAAGCAAUAGAUGGAGUUGACAAUGCUACUUAUCUUAAAGCAGUAGAAAAGUUGAGAGAGGCAGAUUGGAGAGAGAUAUUUAUCCAUAUGUCUUCGCCUAGGAAGAAGGCUUGGUUAGAUAGUCUUUAGCUAGAUUAUCAUAUAUCAUAAUUAUAUCUGUAGUGGGAUUUGAUAUAUUAGGAUUUAAUUUUGUCGGUUUAAUGUUUGUGGAAUAAUAUGUUUGGAUUUUUUUAGAUUUUUGUAUGUUUUAUAUGUUUGGAUUUUUAUACUUUAUAUGUUUAGAUGAUAUGUUCAAAUGAAUGCUAUGUUUGCCUACACUUGGUUAAUGGUGUGCUUGAUUAUUGGAUGGUUAAAUUGUUUUAGAAUUUGAGAUCUUUU